AAAAUGCAGAAUCGAUCCAUUUAUAGUCUUUUUUUCUUUACCUGAAACGUUUCAUUUGUACUACAAACAUAGACGAAGGAAGCUUGCUGGCGUGGUGACCGCAAUUGGGUUGGGUUUUUUUCUUGAAGUUUAAAGCUCAGCAUUUACACAUAGUCGGUGGAGAUUACAACAUGAGUCUCUUGGAUCUCUUUCGUGCUUCAUCAAUUCCUGUCUUGAAAGUGCUUUUGGUGACUGGGUUGGGAUCAUAUCUUGCACGAGAUCGCAUUGACAUUCUGGGAGAUGAUGCAAGAAAGCAUUUGAAUAAUAUUGUAUUCUUUGUGUUUAGUCCGGCACUCGUUUCCAGCAACUUAGCCAAGACAAUAACGUACGACAGCAUGGUUAAGUUGUGGUUCAUGCCUAUUAACAUCCUUUUAACGUUCAUAAUUGGUACAAUUCUUGGUUGGGGGGUCAUUCAAAUUACGAGAACUCCGUUCCAUCUCCGAGGACUUGUUAUUGGUUGUUGUGCCGCAGGCAACUUGGGAAACUUGCUUCUCAUUAUAAUCCCAGCAGUUUGUAAAGAGAGAGCAAGCCCGUUUGGGAAUGCUGAUGUUUGCUAUGAACACGGAAUGGCCUAUGCCUCACUCUCAAUGGCUAUUGGAGCUAUUUAUUUGUGGUCAUAUGUUUAUAACAUUGUCAGAGUAUCGUCAAGUAAGAGCUCAAAUGAAGUCAAAGCAAGCGACUUGUCUGUCAGAGCUGAAGACUGCGAAAGUGGAUUGUCUCAGCCGCAAGAAAAAAUUGAGAAUGAGCCUUACCAGCUGAAUAAAACCGAACUGAGUGAAAGGAAUGCAGAAGAAACGGAAGAAGCUACCCGUGGCUCCCCCGUUAAGGUGUCUGGUUCAGAUAAAAUAAAGCAACGGCUAGAGACUCUCUUCAAGCAAAUGCACCUGAAGAGACUAUUUGCUCCAUCAACAAUCGGAGCGAUUGUUGGAUUUGUGGUUGGACUUGAACCUCAAAUUCGAAAACUGAUGAUCGGUGAUGCAGCUCCUCUCCGUGUAAUCCAGGAUACUGCACUCUUGCUUGGGGAUGGAGCUAUUCCAGCCGUCACACUGGUCAUGGGUGGGAACCUUUUAAAAGGUUUAAAAGGUUCAGGAAUUCAGAAGUCCAUUAUUUUAGGCAUUCUUAUUGUUCGAUAUGUCGCCCUGCCUCUGAUAGGCAUUGGCGUUGUUAAAGGGGCACAAAAAUUAGGCUUGGUGCAUGAUAAUCCAUUAUAUCGAUUUGUUCUUCUGCUGCAGUUUUCACUUCCCCCUGCGAUGAACAUAGGAACAAUGACUCAGUUGUUUGGGCUUGGAGAGAGUGAAUGCUCUGUUAUUAUGCUAUGGUGUUAUGCGUUGGCUUCUGUAUUCCUCACGUUGUGGUCGAUGUUGUUCCUAUGGCUGGUUUCUUGAAUACAAUUUUACCAAAUUCCUUGCGCUCUUGCUGUGAUACAUUGCUCUGUUUGGCAACAACGACACCAGCCGGCUGGUCCAUGGCCUAGUUUCACCAACUAUUUGGUCGACUUGGGCACAAUAGUAGCAUCUAAUUACCGUCCCCAUAUUCUCAUUUGUUAGAUUUUUGUAGAGGUAUGAAUGUGUUAGAUAUUACUUUAAACACUUUUACCUAUGAAAAAAAUAGUAAUUAUUAAAUAUUAAAUAUACGAAUGUAGAAUAUUAGAAGAGGUCUUCGGUGCAUUGUGAUACAUAGCAGACAUUGGAGUUCAAAUUCUGGGAUUACAGUAGAUUGAUGGAGGUGAAUGUGAUGAAGAAAUUACAUUAAAUUAGAAGAGUGUCCAAAUCCCAGCAGCAUUGUCCAAAAAACUGAAGUUGGUGGACUGGUGUUUAUUAUGAUGAGGAGGUUGUUGUUGUGAGUAUUGUCCUCUCAUGUCAUGUGAAUGUUGUUGGGAGGGGGGGUUCAUUUUCGUUAAUCAUUGGGGUUACUCUCAUUUAUUUGACUUUACUUAAUUCUCAGACAAAUUUGGUACAAAAUUAGUAAUGAUUUGAUGGGACAUA